ACCUGUCCCCCCACCGCAUCUUUUGGUCCCCUUUCAUGACUGUCUUGGCGCAAUUAACAGAAUCGGAGUUGCUGCGUAAAAACGAAACCAAAACAAUACCCUGCCCUUGGUUUCGUUUUAAAAUAAUAGAAACACUGGCUGAAGUGAGACGCAGUCUACGACAACAGUUGUUGCUGAUGGAGUCUGACCAUGGAUGAGGAGGCUGACCCUGACAACCUAAAUGUGAACUCCGUCUUAGCUCAGGAAUUCUCAGAACUGCUCCAAGUCCUAAGCAGUCAGUCACCCGCAAUCCUUCUAAAGUUGUGCCAAAUAAUGCCCAGUGAUGCUCGUCGGAACAUCAACAUGGACCCUAGUAGCUGUUCUGCAGCAGCAGUAACUGAACAUAUCAAAGUCAUGUUGGAGUACUUCAGGGUGGCCAACCAUGCAGAUUGCUGCAACUUCCUUCAGAGCAUGUGUAUCUUAUGUGAGGGCAUCCCCAUGCGCCUGGAGUCGAGGCUUAUGUCAGUGGCUGGAUAUGCAAAUAAUGUUUCCGAAAAUUCCAGUCCCUGUGGAACGGAUGGGAAGUCAUCAUCGGCGCCUUCAGAGCAGCAGCUCAUCAAACGGCCACGGAUUGAUCACUGGGAGCAGUACAUUGCCGCAGUGAUGCGUUUACUGCAGAGGAGGUGGGAGCGACUCAGUGAGCGCCUGGUGAGGGAGGUCCAGCCUGAGAAUGUGUGGGUCAGACUAAGAACAGCGAACAGAGGCAGGGACAGACCUGAUCAAACCCCUGGAUCAGCAGACAAAGGGGGCAGAACACCAGAGCUUGAUGGGGAUUAUGGGUACAUGGAUUCCAGAGUAACACUGGAGACCUUCCUCCAGGGAUGUGCAGGGAAGGUGACAGUUCUCGUUGGACAGGCUGGAUCAGGAAAAACUCUGCUGAUGUCUUGUUUAGGACAGCAGUGGGCACAUGGACUAGGCCCGAUCCCUUCAUCCUACCUGUUUGUCCUGCAAGAGUUUCGUCAGCUCAACGUACUGUCCCACCCUCUCUCCCUGUCUGAGCUGCUAUUCCGACACUACCUCCCUCUGGAAGGGAGCAAUGACGAAAAGAGAGCCAUUGUGGAUUACCUACUUUCCAAUCCAGAGCAAAGCUGCUGGGUGCUGGAUGGCUAUGAAGAGUUUCACAGCAAACUCACCAGACAAGAGGUGCAGAGAGAGCUUUUGGACCCAGAACAGCCUCUGCCUGUUGCAGACCUCAUCUCAGGGCUGUUAAAUCGCCAUCUUCUUCCAGGAUGUACUGUGGUGGUCACCUGUCGUGCACGCGAUGUCAUGGAUUUUGAAGGCAUAUUGGAUAAAGUUGGGCAGCUGCAAGGGUGGGACUGCCAUGAGAUCAAGGAGUAUGUGGACAACUUCUUUCAAAUUAAAGGUCACUCAGCAAACAAAGCUGUUGGGGUGCAAGCAGCAGAUCUCCUUCUUUCCAGUCGACACCUACUCGCCAUGUCAUCCCUUCCUGCACUCUGCAACAUCUGCUGCAUCUGUCUGGAGCAUUUACUGCUGAAAGGGGGAAACCCAAGAGGGACACAGAUACCGGAAGAAACAGGAAGUGAGAGGAGGAGAAAAGCGAGAGAAAAAGAAGAAAAAGGAGUACAAAUUGCAGGAGGAGGAAGAGGAGAAGAGGGCAGUAUAGGAGGGAGUUAUGCACAAAGCAGAGAUCAAGGGGGAGGGAGAACGAGGGGUGAAGACAUAAUGAUGGACGGCACAAAUGGUAGAGGCCAGAUGCCUUCCACACAAGCCCAGAUACCCUCCACCCUCACGCAGGUCUACCUCACUAUUCUUGGUGCCUUUCUGAGCCGUGACCCUAAUACAAGAGGAGGCAAUGACGAGCCAAAGACCACACCACAGAGUGUUGUGUGUGAGCUGAGUCAGCUGGCCUGGAAAGGCUUAGAGGACAGCAAGAUCCUCUUCAUGGAAAAAGACAUCUCUCAGGAUGUUUUGGAGUUCUCAAUCAGGACAGGGCUCCUCGCACAGGUGGAGCUCAGACGUGAGGAUGGGAUUAUUGUCAACUCCUACCGCUUCAUUCAUCUGACAAUACAGGAGUUUUUGGCUGCACUCAGAAUCAUGACCAGUACUGAUGUUAGUGACAUGCAGCUCAAGAAGAGAUUCAGUCUGAGAACUCGCUGGACGACCAAGUCAGACCAGAGGACGGUCUUUACUGACUCUCUUCAUCUAUAUGUAUGUGGUCUGGCUUCCCCCCACUGCACUCCAGACUUGGUUCAAUUAGCCAGGACCUCUGGUGGAACAGGAGGCCAAAGUUGGGUCCAAAAACGACAAACCCUCGUUCUGAAACUACUAAAAAACUUUUGUCACAGCAACACCCUAACUGGACCAAAGAUAUUGGAUCUUUGCCACUGUGUCCAGGAGAGCCAGGACAACCAACUAGCUAAGCAGGUUGUGGGUACGAGACCCACCCUGGAGCUGCGCAACAUCACGCUAUUACGUAAUGAUAUUGAUGCUCUGGCUUUUGUAGUUAACUCAGUAGGUGAUAAUGGCAUUGGAUUGGACUUUGGAGCAUGCUCAAUGGAGUUGGAGUGUUUAGAUGUUCUGCCCAGUUGUCAGUUCAUUCACUACCUCAGUUUUCGCAGCCGCAAGUAUGGCGACAAGUUUGCUGAGAAGUUGUCCUCCAUUCUGCCAAAAUUCACAACGCUGAAAAAACUAGAGUUUUGUGGCGCCAGUCUGACUACCACAGGAGCAGCUAGUUUGGCCUCUGCUCUACAGAACUGUCCAAACAUCACAGAAAUCAAUCUGAGUGACAACAAUCUGAAAGACCAAGGAAUCAAACACAUAGCUGAUAUUUUUACCAAACAACCAAGACUGGUCCUGGUAAGGCUGGGUCAAAACAACAGCUCUCUGGAAGCAGUGGACUAUCUCAUUGGGAAAAUGUCUUCAUGUUUGAACAUCCAGCACCUUAAUGCAGAUGGGAAGAAGGAAUUGACCGUAACUUUCUUCCAAAACUCUGAUUUGAACCGCCAUGUAACUAAAUCUGAACCAACAAUCAGCUUGUUAAACCAGACAUGGAGCAAGCCUAAGAUGCAAAAACUUGCAAAGUCACUGGCACGUUGCACCGCCUUGUCGGUCCUGGAUCUGUCCAGUAACUGUUUAGGCAACACAGGAUUGAAGAAACUGUUGGACAUCCUGCCUUGUCUUAGUAACAUCCAGGAAAUAAACGCCAGUAACAAUGGGAUUGGCACGGAAGGAGUGGUAAUGCUGGCUGGUGCAUUGUGUUCCCAUAACAACUUAACACAAAUUCACAUCAGCCUUGGAGAAAUAGAGCAGGUGAUUCUGAAGUUCAGCCCUGACGAAAGGGAUGACAAACAGCAGCUAAAGAUGUUCAGGAUAAACAACAGCAGCCUCAUGCCAUCGGACACAACCCAAAUCUGUGGACGAUUGAUCCAGUGUCGCUCCCAUUUUGAAUUAGAUUUGUCUCACAGCUCAUUGCCAGACGAGGCUAUUGAGAAUCUGGUGAAGGUCCUGCCGAAGAUGGCAUCACUGCAGAGACUCAAUGUCAGCCACAGCAUCACAUCCACAGCUGGAGCCCUGAUGUUGGUCAGAUGUUUGACUGUCAGUCAGCGAGUCAAAUCAGUGGAGAUCACGCCUCAGAUUGAAUCCUUCAUUCAUUUUGACAGUGUGAAAGUCGAACAAGCCAGCUGCAGGUUAACUCAUUGUAGCCUGAACGGUGAAAACUUGGAAAGGCUGCUCGAGAUCCUACAGCAGGGUCCCCAACUGUCUGACCUGGAUUUAUCAAGCAACCAACUGGAAGAUGAAGGAGUGAAGCGUUUUCUGGAUUCUCUACACAAGCUCAACAUCACCAGCUAUGUGAAUUUGAGCAACAACGGUCUGAGCCAGCAGGGGCUGUUGGAUGUGGCCAGCACACUGUGCACCUGUAACAACGUCUCCGGUGUCGAAGUCAGUUUGGGAGCAGAGGAGAGGUGUCUCAUCUGGUUUACACAGUGUGAAGGUUGUGUAAAAACGCUGAGUGUCAGAGAGAGUAGUUUGGAACAUGACCAUCUGGUCAGAUUAGCAGAGAUCGUGUCUACCAGUCCCAGUCUGAUCAAACUAGAAUUCAAGAACAAUUUGCUGCAGUCGGCUUGGAUUGAAGACUUUGUGAAACUGUUAAACAGCAGUCAGAGGGGAUUCAGUGUCAGUAUUGAGGAACGUUGGAUCAGAUCUGAGGAAGCUGUUAGUUUGGUGUGUCGCUGUCUGGACCUCAGCAGCAACAUACACACUAUCAGGGUUCACCACACCACUCUACACCUGUCUUUGAUGAAGUCCACUGAACUGACCUCAGUCAGCCUCGUGGACUGUGCAGUAGAGGGGUACCAGCUUGCAUCUAUGAAGAGCAUCAUCUCGAGGUGUCCUUUACUGACAGAGCUGGACUUCUCCCACAACAGCCUGGGUGUAGAGGGAGCUGAGUUCCUCUGUUCUGUCCUGCCCUCGCUGCCAAAUCUCACUUGUCUCAGUAUUGUUUCCAAAGAAGCUUGUGUGACGGUGGUUGAGAAGCUCUCAGAGGCCUUGCUGCAGGCUGCAGGAAUUCAGUGCUUAAAUCUAUCAGGUCAUGUGAUUAGUGACACAGCAGCCCAGAUUAUGACCCAAAUGUGGCCCCGUCUAAAAUCACUCAAUCUGUCUCAUUGUGAGUGGUCAGCUGCUGCAGGGCUGGAGCUCGUCACAGCACUGCAAGUGUGUGUCAGUCUGGAAGGCCUUUGUCUGGACUCCCUACAGCUGAAUGCGGAGAGCAGUGUAUGCCUGGGUCAAGCACUAAGGAAUAUCAACUCUAUACGCAGUCUCAAGCUAAAUAAGCUUGUCACAGCGAUGGGCCCGUCAGAAGCAAACGGUGUGCUAGAUCUCCUAGCUGCUAUGGAGGGACUCAUACGAAUGGAGGAGAUUGAGCUGGAGAGCUGGAGGAUGGCUGAUAGAGGAAUAGAGCAGCUGACCAGACUCCUUCCUUUGUGGACGGAACUCAGGAAGAUCAGUCUAUCGAAGAACCUUAUCAGCGACCAAUCAGGAGACAAGCUACUUGAGGCUUUGAAGAGCUGUAGUCACCUGGAAGAGCUCCAUCUGUCCAGUAAUGGUCUCGGGGAUCUCACUGCUGCCAGGAUGGCCCUGGUUCUCCCGUCACUGACGCACAUCACUGUGUUGGAUAUUUCAGAGAACAGGAUUGGAUAUGAAGGGUCAGUGAGUCUGUCCAAAGCAAUAACGUGCAUGAAGAACCUCACCAAGAUUUAUCUGACCUCUAUUGGGACUUCAGAGCUGUGUGCUGUAGCUGCCAGUCUGGCCCACUGUCCCCUCAUACAGGAUGUGGGUCUGGGAUGGAAUAAUUGUGGUGAUAACGUGGCAGUGGAGCUGGCCAGAGUUAUGCCUCUCUGUCAGAAGCUGAACAGAAUAGAUCUGGAGUCAAACACUGUGAGUGUUUUUGGAGCGGAGGCCCUGGUUAGAGCCUUACAGUCGUGUCCUGCUCUGCAGCUCAUCAGGCUGUGGAGGAACAAAGUCUCCCCCAGUGAGGCCCAGAGGCUCAGUCUGAGGGACAGGAGGCUGAAUUUCUCAUUCACCUAAUGUGAUCCGUAUUGUUGGACGGUGUUAAGCACCAGGGCGAAGUAACAUUCCAGUUCCUCAGAAUCUUCAGAGAUCAACCACUGCUACAGCCAGUGUUGGAAAUUAAGUGGAGCAAAGGG